CGGAAGCUGGGUCAGGAAGGCGCUUUCACAGACUCCAUUUCCCUCAUCACCAAGUCACCCUCCCGAGGCACAGCGUGGAAGCGUGAGCCCCACGACGCCGCCGACCCGACUCCUCGGCCCGGGAACAGCCCCGGCAGCUGGGAAAUGGAAAAGCGGGCCUCAAACUCCCUCUCUAUGCGAGACGGGGAUUUUACUGCUCUCCAAACGCCCGUCCACCAUCCACUCCCCAGCAGACACCGGGGCCCCAUGUCGCGGGACGGGAACCCGCGUGCGGGAGACGACACAAUGGGACAAAAGCAAACGGCUCCCCGGCGUCCUGACCCUGGGCCUCCCCUUCUCGCGGCCCGGCCUCUCUCACCCGGAAGUGCUGGUCCCGGUACUGGCUCAGUUCCACGUAGGAGUCGCUGCGCAGCGCCUUCAGGAGGCCACCGGACAUAGCGCAGGCAGGUGGACAAGGACGCCGCCACUUCGGGAACAACGAGGACGCCGCGACGACCGAGGAACCGGAAACGCAAGACGCAGGGGACGAAAUUGGGAAGCGUGUGCACCAAUCCCGGCGCGGCGGUGUCGUCACCUCUCAGCGCCGGCGCAGACUCGGUCCUCUCCCGGGCUCUGCCGAUCGGAAGCCAGGGCGUCGUGCUCCGGGUUCCGGGAGCUCGCGACGCGCCCCGAGGAUGGUUCUUCGGCGGCUGCUGGCCGCUCUGCUGCACAGCCAGCAGCUGGUGGAGCGUCUUUCCGAGUCGCGGCCCAUCCGGCGAGCGGCGCAGCUCACGGCCUUCGCCCUGCUGCAGGCCCAGCUGCGCGGCCAGGACGCGGCGCGGCGCCUGCGAGGCCUCGCGGCUGGGCCCGCGAGCUCCCUGUCCCGCCGCGCUGCCCGCUUCAAAGACACCUUCACGCAGGAGCUUCGCCGCGGCCUCCGGGACCGCACGGGGCCGCCGCCCGGUAGUCAGCGGGGCCCGGGCGAAAACCGCUAAACUUGGACUGGACCCGUUGAGGUCACCUGCUUUACCUGUUAGGUUCGACACAGGCCUCGGCCCCAAGGAGUAAUCCAGGUAUUGCGCACGACUUCGAAUAUGGCUGAGAUCGUCGGCUUGCGGAGCUCAGGCCAAGGCCACAUCCCUGUGAUCGCACAGGGCACGAUUUGUGAAGAGCCGCCGAAGCCUGGCAGAAUUAUAAGUAGGCUGAACCCGAUGCACCCUCUCCCUGUCCUAUAACAAUUCCAGGAAGAGCGUGGAUGGAAAGACAACUAACUUUGCAGCUGCCAAAAUUCUCUGAUUAAACGUGUGAGCUGAGUAAUGGGUCUGAGUGUGGUACUUCUCCGGCAAGAUGAAUUAGGUUUCCUGAGGACUGUAGACCAUAAUAAUACUGGUUAAAACAUUGAGUACUUACUGUGUGCUGGUGCAUGCUUAUUGCACUCUGUGGUUUAUCUCACUCCUUACAAUCACUUUCAUGAUGAAGCAUAGACUACUUAAGUUGUUCUUGGCCUCCUUAACCACAGCUCUCUGCAGUAUUUACCCAGAUCUUCGUGCCCACCUUCAACUCAGAGAUAGGACUACUGCCUACCGUAGAACACGUUGGAUUCCCGUGCCUGUUCAUUAAACAGUGUCUGGAGACAAUCUAAAGACCAUGAUCCUGUUAAUGGACCCAUGGUUAGGAAAUACCUUGUAUAGAGAAAUGCAUUGUCAUUUGAGGGUUCUGAGUGAAUUUCUGAUCACCUCUGUUUAGGCUACAGUCAUGCAAUCUAGGAAGUUCAAAGGCACAGCAGAAGUCACAGAGAGGGAGUUGUUGAGUGCUGGAAACCUACCCUGGGGCUAGAGAGCGUAAGACAGAUUACUUUCCACUUUCCUAAUGGUCCAACAUCUGAUUUGACACCCCACCUUCCAACUUUCCUGUCACAGGUACUGCUAUUUAAUCCUCUCUGAGGCCAGAAAUCUCACACUCCUAAUGACCAAAGCCUUGGUUUGGUGUACAUGCCCUCUCCUGUCUUCCCAUCAGACAAAUCCCCCCUCUUUUCAGAGCAGAGGCACCUCACUGGAUUCUCCUUUGAGCCUGAGUAAUUAUUCAUUCUACUGUCUUGUCUUAUUGAUCUCUGGGUAUCAGAGCAGCAGAAUAUUAGCAGUCCCCAGCCCAACUACCUACCCUCCACAUAAUCAUACUCACUGCUGUGUCUUUUCCUAGAUUGGUAGAGACAAAAAGGGAAGCAGCACACAAAGCAGUGAGCUGCAACUUGGCAGAAAGGAAGGAAAGCAAGAAAAGGGGGAAGUUGCUAAUUUUUAGUGGAAAAGAUGUAUAAGAACAAGUUCCUUCCAUUUUUGUAGGAGUUGGACCAGAGAGAAAACUGGCUGCUUUUGGUACAAGUUAGAGGUGACUUGGUUGCCCCCACUUUGUAGGAGACGCCCUGUGUUUAUAGCCAAUGGUUUGCCAGCCCAUUACUUACUGAAGAAACAUCAAAGUCUUCACUCCAGUGGCAUACCUUUCCCAGCAUACCUUUCAAGCUCUUCAUGUUCUGCCAAAAAUGAAGUAGGGAAGCAAUCAACCCACUCUCCUACUGGGUAAUUUGUGCUCACCUCUUGACGCUACACAGAUCAAGAUACCAACACUUCAUGGACAAAUUAGUGCCCAGGGACCACCACAAUCUACAUGGGCCACUAGGCCAACAGUUCCUCCAGGGAAGUCUGGGUUGUGGCCUCAAGUGGGGGAGGGAAGAGGCAGAAGUCCAAAGAAGCCCAGAGGAGUUUGGGAUCCGAGAGACAUAGUGUUUCUCCAAGAUGCACUUGGCUUUUAAUCUACUGGGCAGAAAAGCCAUCUUUGGCUGCAAAGAAAACGUGCUUGUCAUGUGCCAGAUAUGCUAAGUAAUGAGGGAAUGGAAAAUAAUCCAAAUUAGGAACAAACCACAAGGAGAAAGAAUUCCAUGAGUGGGUACUAUAGUUUAACAGAGGGAGAUCCAGUUGUGUGGUAGAUUCUGCCUACAUUUGCUCACGAGGGCAGGUCCUUGGCAUCUCCUCCCAACUCAGAACCUAAUAACAUCAUUUUAGUAACUUGAAAUCAGCCCCGGUGGGAAUGUUUAUAUGACAAAAAUUGGCAAAAGCUAAAAGUUGGGGCUUGCCUCCCUAAGAGACCAGGUUUCUGGGCAUUUACCAGCACAUGCCUGACUUCUUCCUGAGGUUGAAGUCAGGGCACUGAGACUAGCAGCAGUCAGAGAGCAGCAUGCCCAAGAGGAGUGGAGAUUUUUCCCUUGUGAAUCUUGCUAUUGUUGGCGUGUAGAAGAUGGGUUGGGAAAUGUCAGCAUGGAGUAUGCCCCGUGAGGGAAAUAGACAUUCUAAUCUUCCUGGGAUCAUUUGGGGAAAUUUUUUUUUGUUGUUUUUAGAGCUGCUGCUCUUGCCAGCAGCUUCUUCAGGUCUGCUGCUGAGUGGUUCCCCCUUGGAAGAGAAUUUGCUCUUUUUAUUGGAGACAACCCUGUUUCCUCCCUCUUAUGGCUAACUGGCUCCUGCUUGGGGAAGGAUUUCUUCCUCUUAGAAAGACUUGAGAGGGUUGAGGUUUUAAGAUGACCCAAGGUUUUAGCCACAGAAGACAGGACUAGAGAAGCACUCAGACUUGAUCAUUUGUAUAGGUUUGUUUGCCUGCUCUGUGCUGGCCUCCGGUUCACUCUCCCUUGUGGCAUGGGUGCCCCUUGUUCUCAUUUGCGAUGGUAGCGAUGUGAAAGGAAGAAUGAGCAAUGGGCUGGUGCCACCGCUUCCCACAAUGGAGGCCUGGGUAGAGGGUACCCUGUGUUGUGGGGAUUAACAUCCCAGGGGACAUAGGGGUGGGAACUUUACCCAGAGCCGUUGGUUUGGCAUGGGGUUUGCUUUCCAUCCUGUUUCACAGGUUUCAGACAGGAAUUUGGUGCUUGGAGAGUGACCGGCUCACACUGAAGAAAAGUCUCUGAUAGUACCAGGUUGUCCUCAAGUGCCACCAGAUACUGACUAGCAUUGUGUGUUCUCCAUUCCCACUGGCAGAAGGGGGAGAACA